CGUGUGUGUAAAUCUACAUUACUUUUAUUUAUCACACACGUAUUCAGACAUGUAUACAUACAUACAUAUAUAUUAAUGAUAUGAUUGAAUGGUUGAACGCUUAACGACAACACAAUAAAAGGCAUUCCCAUAAAAUAUUUGUAUUUUUCUGUACGUUGUAAGACGAGAAACCGACUGAGUUUACGCGACUACUUACAAUGUACAAUGUACAAUUCACGUUUGUAAAACAACAGUUGCGCGUAUACCACGAACGAACAAAUCCAAAAAGCAGUGAUGUGAUUUGAUUUACGAAAAUAAAAAAAUUUAUGAAAUAUUAUCGUCAAUAAAUUCUAAAUUAUGUGUCUUCAAUUAUUUUAAAUACAAUUUUGUUAUUACUGUGAAAGUGCGACCUGUGUUUAAGUAAUACAAUAAAAUCUGUAGAAUGGAUAAUCAUAGUAAAAAUGACUCUACAAAUGCCACGAAACCACUGCUGAUACCUAAUAUUUCGUCUUCGUAUAACAAUGGAGAGUUGCAAAUAACAAACAGCAACAAAUCAUGUAUCAAAAGGGACACUCAAAGGGUGCUAAAGCGAGGCGUUUCUAUCAAAGAAGAAAACGAAAAAGACGAAAAAGACUGGGAACUUGUACCCCCAGAUGGGGGUUGGGGAUGGUUGGUGCUACUAGGGUCAACAUUAGUUAAUAUUAUAGUUCCAGGAACCGUAAAAUCGUUUGGUGUAUUAUUUGUAGAAUUUCUAGAAGCUUUUAACACUUCGCAGGUAGCUGCUUCAUGGAUUCCAGCUUUGUGUUACUUCCUUUAUAGCUCCCUUGGACCAUUAUCUGGGAUUCUUUCGUUGAAAUAUUCAUACAGAACUGUAACACUAAUAGGAGGAACAUGUGCAGCUCUUGGUAUGAUAUUAAGUUCUUGGGCUCAAUCAAUACCUUACCUUUACGUAAGCUAUGGAAUUUUGGUUGGAACAGGAGCUGGACUGGCCUUUCCACCAACCGUUUACAUAGUAACAAAUUACUUCGUAAAAAAAAGAGGCUUAGCUAAUGGAAUAUGUAUAUCAGGGUCUGCGUUUGGCUCUAUUAUACUUCCCCCUCUACUUCGAUUUCUUCUCGAAGUAUACGAUUACAGAGAUACUGUCCUUAUUAUGGGAGCCAUUACAUUAAACACUUGGGUAGCAGCUCUCUUUUUCGACCCCGUUGAGAAGCACAUGAAGAAAGUCAAAAAGGGCGCGGAAGAAGAUGAGGAAGAUUGUGAAAUAGAAGACUCAAAUGUCGCUUCGGAUAAAUACAUUGGUACCAUCGACAACAGUGCUUCACUUCAGUUAUUGCAAACGGGACAUUCGUUCUUAGAAAAUCAGGAUGAUUUUAAUAAUUCAUUUGUAAGAAGUGUUUCAAGCGCUGCUGUGCCAAGUUACAAGGAACAAAUAGAUAGUAGGGAGCGUAAAAUAAGUGUUCCUAACUCAAAAGAUAUUGUUAGAGCUCGUAUAGGUCACAAUGAUUCUAAGAACCAACUUCAUAUGUCUGGAACACUGCAGUCUGUUCCUGAGAAGGCUAAUACUCCCGUGUUCCAAUCGCAAUCUAGAAUAACACCAAUCAGAAGGUCACGAAGCGGUGCUCCAAGAAGGAAUGCUUCCACUAGUUCUUUUCAAUACAUCUCAACACCUUACCAUGGAAGCACUCUGACCUUACAACCGGAACAAUUUGCUUCUUCUUUUAGUCUUCGGUCCAGUUCAGUUAAAGGUAAAGGGGACGCAUUGGAGGAAAAGAAAAGUUUAUUUGACUUGUCACUCCUCAAAGAUCCCCUGUAUUUAAUUAUUCUCAUCUCAAAUGCAACGAAUGCAAUCAGUUAUACAAAUUUUUUCAUUUUAUUACCAUCGUAUGCCUUAGACGUGGGUUACGAUAAAACCAAAGGGACCAUGUUGAUCCCAAUAGUAUCUGCUUUUGAUUUAAUAGGCCGAAUAGGUGGAUCUGCCCUUUCCGAUAUAUCGUCAUUCCCUAAAGAAUGGUACUUUAUUGGAGGACUAUUAAUCUCUGGAGUUUCUUUAGCAGCCUUGCCUUUCUCUGCUAAUUAUAUUAUUUUAAGUACAUUCUGUGCUGUUUUUGGUCUAGCUUCUGGGGUUUACGUAGGGAUAACAACGGUCAUAAUGGCUGAUCUUUUAGGGACCGAAAAAAUACAAUCGUCAUACGGAAUUUCCCUUUUUGUAAACGGUGUUUUACAACUUAUUGGUCCUCCUAUUUGUGGUCUUUGGUUCGAAAUUGAUCGUUCUUAUACGUCCAUGUUCUUUUGGCUGGGGCUAAUUUUAAUAGCGGGUGCAUCAUUAUGGAUUUUCUAUCCGUUUAUUAAGAAGAAGGAUAAAAGUAAAGAAUUGGACACCAUGGUAAAAAAGAGUACAUUAAAAAGUGACCUGGAAAACUGUUAGACUUAUUACGAUUUCACGGUAUUAUUUUUAUGCAUUUGCGUAAAACUUAAUUUUAUUAUUAAUAUAUUUAUAGAAAAUAUGUAACUACAAGAACACCGCUAACCAAUUACCUAAGUAAUAUAUAGUUUUUUUUUUACGGGUAGAUGUUUAUUUUCCAGUGAUAUUCAUGUUAAUUUAACUUGAAAAAUAUUUACAUAUGUUGAAUCUUGCAAAGGAUGCACUAGGAAAUUAAGAAUGCUUGUUAGUUACACUGUUAAUUCCACGUAAUAACGUUAAGAAUUAAAUACUUCUGUGAUCGAAAUGUGUUGUACUUAUAGAUUCGAUUUAAUCAUGCUGAUAAAAACAGCAAUGCUCUCAGAAGUCGCGAUAAAGUGUACUUAUUACUAAAUAAAUGUAAGUAUAUUAAUUAAAUAAAAAAAUCUCGAUGCGCCAUUUUAACUAAAACAUUGCCAUUGCCAGUAAAUUUAAGACCAAAGGUGUUAUUUGUUAUGUACCUCGUUAAAGAUUUUAUAUUUUUAGUACAUAUGUAGUUCUUAGAUUCAACUAAACUUAUAUAAGCAUAUUUUUAUGAAAACGUAUCGGAUAAUGCAAUUUAUGUACAAAAAAGAUAAAUAAAUUCCAUUAGAAUUA